ACUGCCAUCAUCAGAGAAGUCAUCCAUAGAUUUGGCACAGUUAGGAGUCAAUUCAAGACGGCAGCUAGCGGGCGACAAACAACCCGCAGCUGUGUUGAGAUCGAAUCCCAAAUCCAAAGUCGUCUUCAUCAACAGUAUUGUAUUCCGGCAAAUGGCCCCUUCAUCCCUGAAGUCAAAGCACUGACGGCUCCUCCGCCAACACGUGAACUCCUCCCCCGCCCCUCCCGCCUCAAUCGUGCUCGCCCCAGCAACCCCCUGCCAGAAAGUUGACUUCUUGAGCCUCAAUCUCCCCCGAUCGGCGACUGCCCUUUUGCUGCCCAUUUGCAGAAGUUGGCAUUAAUUAGUUUGAUUACCUCUAAAGAGGAGGACAGCCACCUUAUUGCGGGGAGGAAUUGACGGAAAGCAAUCUGGUGGCGAUGGCAUUGAAUGGAGCAUCAUGCAUGUGUAUGAACUGAGAUAUAUGCAAUAAACAAAAUCAGUGGUGAAAUAUGAGGAGGAUGAAAUUUCCAAAGCGGUACCUAAUUGUCAUCUUGACCUUCAUCUGCACAUCUGUGUGCUAUAUCGAACGGGUUGGCUUUUCCAUCGCGUACACAGUCGCAGCUGAUGCUGCUGGAGUGAACCAGUCAAGCAAAGGCACCAUACUCUCCACCUUCUACUAUGGAUAUGCCUGUUCUCAGGUCCCUGGCGGCUGGGCAGCCCAGAAGAUUGGGGGAAGGCGAGUCCUCUUCCUCUCUUUCGUGUUAUGGUCUUUAACUUGUGCCUUCGUCCCACUGGAUCCAAAUAGAGUCGCGGUACUGGUCAUUGCCCGCUUGCUUGUCGGGGUCGCACAGGGAUUCAUAUUUCCAUCUAUCCACACGGUCCUAGCUCAGUGGGUCCCACCUCAUGAAAGGUCCAGAUCUGUAUCCCUCACGACUUCAGGGAUGUACCUCGGUGCGGCCAUGGGGAUGCUCUUGCUUCCAACUCUGGUGAAGUUUCGGGGCCCGCAGUCGGUGUUUGUUGCUGAAGCAACAUUAGGAGCAUUGUGGUCCUUGCUUUGGUUCAAGUAUGCAAGUGACCCGCCUCGGUCAGAGCAUUCAAAGGCUGCUGCUGCUGGUUUUGGUGAGUCCUUGUUGCCGGUCAAAGGAGCCCAGAAGGUGAAAGUAGAGAAUGGGGGGAGUUCGGUGAGGACGGGAGGAAUCCCUUGGAAGAGAAUCACGUUAAGCCUACCGGUAUGGGCAAUUGUGAUAAACAACUUCACCUUCCACUAUGCGCUCUAUGUGCUGAUGAACUGGCUCCCCACAUACUUUGAACAAGGCCUGCAGCUUAGCCUCCAGGACAUGGGUUCUUCUAAGAUGCUGCCCUACUUCAACAUGUUCAUAUUCUCAAAUGUUGGAGGAGUUCUGGCAGACCACUUAAUCACCCGAAGAAUCAUGUCUGUGACGAGAACCCGGAAAGUCCUUAACACAAUUGGGUUCAUAGUGGCUUCAUUGGCACUGAUGGUGCUUCCCCUGUUUAGAAGCUCUUCUGGGGCUGUGUUUUGCUCGUCGGUGGCUCUUGGUUCUUUGGCCUUGGGCCGAGCCGGGUUUGCUGUGAAUCACAUGGACAUUGCUCCGAGAUAUGCUGGAAUUGUGAUGGGAGUUUCUAAUACAGCUGGCACACUGGCAGGAAUCGUCGGUGUCGAUCUCACUGGGCGGCUCCUCGAGGCUGCUAAAGCAAGUUAUUCCGAUCUCUCGAGUCCUGGAAGCUGGAAUACAGUGUUUAUGAUACCGGGAUUACUCUGCAUUCUGAGUUCGUUUGUUUUUCUGAUUUUCUCAACUGGGGAGAGGAUUUUUGACUGAGGUUGAAAACAAGGUCUGCAGCUGUAAUGAGAACAGGUGCUCAUUCCGGCUUAACUGUACUCUCUGCUUGAUCAGUGCAAAGUACUGCAAAAUAUUGGAAGGAAAAGCUUCCUAUCCUCUGAAGGAUGAUUCGACUGUCCUAGUACUAACAUCCUCCGUGCAUCUGUUGAUGCAAGUGCAGAACCUGAGUACGGUUAAUCGGUCUUCCGGCAUACAAUUUAGGGGCACGGUUUGCUCGAGACAAGGGUGAGGGACCUACAAAGUACCCUGCAGUGUACAAGCUGCCGUGGAUGAAUGAAGUUUCCAUGGCUUACCUGUAUUCGCUUGGAUUCUCAGCCUCCUUUAGUGUUAUGUGGUCCCGACUCGAAACUCAUUGUGGACUGCUGAUUUGGCCAUUCAAUACGCGUUGAUGCACGGUUCAUCGUAUGUGCAUCCAAUCGAUUUGACCUGUUUGAUA